CGCAAACACAGCGACGGCCGUCCUUCAGUCCGCUUUCUUGAUUCUGUAUUCUCGUCUCCAAACAACCCCUUGCAUCCAACUGCGGUUCGGCGGUAGGAUGGACUUUGCCGACGAGCUUACGGCCGGAGCCACCGCCUCCAAUUCCAACCCCCACAAGCCCUCCGAUACCAGAGACAGCGGCGAGCUCUCAUCCUCCGACAACGAUACCGAAGAUGUACAUCCUGUAUUUUCAAACAUGCCUGCUUCAUUUGCACCGCCAAUGUCUCCCAUUCUUCCUCUGCAAAGUAAAUGUAAUGUAGCGAUUCAGGCUGAUAUGGAUGAUAAAUUGGAGACAAUUCAAAAUAUAUGUCAGAAAAUUGUGGACACCACAAACUUGUACUCAUUUUCUAAAUUGGAUGACCAGCAAGUAUAUUCUCUUAUGAGGCUGAGGGAAAUUUCUCAUCGGAUUGUUAAUGAGCGUGAUUCAAGGGUGACAAGAAAUGAUGUGAUUAGUGCUAUGUGCUUUUACAUCAACAGGCUGGCAGGUAAGUGCAAGGAUAUUGUUGACAUUAUGAAUAAGAUGUCCUAUAAAGACUUGGAUGACCAGCAGAUGCAACAGCUAUCGAGAUUGAAAGAGCUUCUUUGUGGGAUUGUUGAUGGAGCCAAAGAUGUGGAAACUGAACCUUCCCGUAUAGUUGAACAGGGCAUGGUAAGUGAUAUCUGGAUGACAGAGAGUUUGGAAGUUGAGCCAAUCGAUUCCUGCAAUGAUGACAUACCACUCGGAGAGACACAAAUUGUAGCGAUUGAAGAUAAACAGGCAGUAGCUGAAGCUAGGCUCGCGAAUCAAUAUUGUGACAUGUCGCAUGUUAAACACUCUAUCAGUUGGCCUCCAAAUGGUAGCUUAACCUUAGAGUGGGUUGUAGAGAUGAUGAAAACUCUUGAACUGUCUUCAAGAAACUACACUCCUUCAGAAUUUCAACUUAUAAUGCCAGUUUCCGUGGUAGAUUCAAUUCUUAAUGUAGCUGCAAGUAUCCUUCACAAGGAACCAAACUGCCUGGAAAUUGACUGCCAUGGAGAAGUUUCAAACGUGGUUAUAGUUGGUGACAUUCAUGGACAUUAUCAUGACUUACUUCAUCUAUUUGAACUUGCUAAUUUUCCAUCUGAAAGCCAGUAUUACGUUUUUAAUGGUAAUUAUGUGGACAGAGGAGCAUGGGGACUCGAGGUCUUUUUGGUUUUAUUGGCGUGGAAGAUCUUGAUGCCUGAUAGAGUAUAUCUGCUCCGUGGAAAUCAUGAAACGAGAUUUUGUACAUCAUCCUACGGUUUUGAGAAAGAAGUAAGGACAAAAUAUGGCGAGCAAGGUGAAAAAGUAUAUCACAGGUGCUUGGAAACAUUUAAGGAACUUCCUUUGGCUGCAAUUAUUGCUGGAAAAGUAUAUACGACACAUGGAGGGUUAUUUCGUAAGCCAUGCAAUCCUGAUGUGCAGAAUGACAAGGAAACAAGGACACGGAAGCUGGAGAUUGGAUCCUUGCAAGACUUAUCUAAGCUUGAAAGGUUUUUCGUUGAUAUUCCAACUAAAGAUGAAGAUCCAAAUAUAAUAUUGGCAGAUGUAUUGUGGUCAAAUCCUUCUAAGGUAGAUGGUUUAAGGGAAAAUCAAGCCAGAGGAGUAGGUCUAUUAUGGGGUCCUGAUUUUACAGAAGCAUUCUUAAAGCUGUCGAAUUUAAAGUUGAUAAUUAGGUCACAUGAAGGCCCAGAUUCAAGGGAUGGUAAGAUAGAUUUUGAUGAUAUGAUAAUGGGUUAUAGCACAGAUCACGACAUAGAAUCAGGGAAAUUAUAUACUCUAUUUAGCGCCCCAGAUUUCCCUCAGUUUGGUCAGAAGAGUUACUGUAAUGAGGGAGCAUAUGCUACCUUGAAGCAUCCGGAUUUUGAAACUCCAUCCUUCCAUACAUUUAAAGCUGUAGAUAAACCGAAGAUAGACAUUUGCUAUUUUGGUUGUGAAGGACAUGACUUAGAUUUAGAUUUGACAUUAAUGCUUAUACGAGCAAAUGCAAACAGUUUGCUCAAAGGAUGUGAAGCAUCUAAACAGAGAGCCAAUUCCUCUUGUGGGUCUGACAUUGUAGCCAACCGAUGAGGAGACAAGAAUAGGAUAAUGUUGCUGUUUUGGAGUAGCUACUAAAGAGUGCUUAACGGGGGGUGUUUGGGGAAGGAAUGGAGUUGUGAACUCCAUGGAUCUUUGACGUCUAGAAAGUUGGAAACUUUGGGGGCCUACGGUGUAAGGAAUUAAGAAGGUAUAAAAUUGAUGUUUUUUAGUAGAGGAAGUGAAACUUAGAAACUCCUUGAAUCAAACCAGGAACUCCACACCCUUCAACUCCCUCCUUCCUGAAUCAUUGGGCUGAACACCCCUAAAAGUUUAUUUGGACAAUAUAAACAUGCAAUUAUCAACACCUCCAAAAAUACUUUCCCCCAUUAAAUUGCUUGAUUCAAAAGUUGUGGAAUAAAAUUCUAAUUCCCCAGCAUGUAAACUGUGAGCUGAAGCAAGUUGAACUUGCUUCACGAAUAUCAAUACUUUUAUGCCUUGGUGAAAGCUGGUGUUUGGGCUGAUAUGCUUAUGAUGAUACAUGGAAAGAUUGGUCCAUUCUCUAUAAAAUUACUUUUUGAAGUGAUGAUUUUAAUUUCGGAGCUACCAUACUUUUGGAAAUUCAGGGUCAAUAACCCACUCGUAGUCCCUUCAGUUCUUGUAGAAACAUUCAGAACAAUGCCUUGAAUGAUAUCAGCUUCCAUCACUUAUUUUGUUUUCUGGUGUCUCUUAUAGGCUCUAGCUGACGCUGUCUCUUCUAACAACUCUAGUCCUAUUGAGAUUCAUUCAGGGGUUGAUUUUGAGGCAUUAGGCAUAUUAAACCCACCUUCUUGGAGCAUUACAUUGACAGAUGAUGCUACAGGUACCCAAAAUG